UGAUAGGGGUUGAAGGUAUUUGAGGGGCAUUCUUUAGGAUUCUCCAGUUUGGGGCUAGGAGGGUUAAUUCUUUGAAUGGAUAGAGUUGUUGAGGUAGAUCCGAGGAAUGAGGAGAAGAAAGAAAAUGGGAUAUAAGAACAGUUUGAUUGUAGGAAGGAGGUAAGAGGGCAAAAUGUCUUAAGUUUCUGGGAUGACUUUUUUCAGUCUCAGUUUCUUAUUAAAAAAAAAUUGAAAGUCUAUUUCUGUAAUUAUUUGUUUUCUUUUAUCCAUAUCCCCAUCUCCUCUUUUAAUUCUGCAAAUAAAUGGUUAAUUUAUUGGACAUUGUGUACCCACACAAUAUGUGUCUAUUGCUUGCUCUCUGCAUCCAGUUCUCAGUUAUCCCUGAUUUUGCCCCCACAGCAGGGACUUUUAGAGUGUAAGAUCUAAGUUCUCUCUGUAUAGUGUCUGGCUCUGCCUGUUUUUCUAUGCCUCUCAACAUGCUUGUCAAUUUUUCAACUAGAUCCAGUCUCUGAUCUUUGUUUCUGCUGCUCUCUAUUAAGGAUUAAGUUUUAUCUGUGUUAUGUUUUUUCCCUUUAUAUUUUUAAAACUGAAGAGGGAAAUGUAAAAGCUGAGACUUGGAGAAGAGCAAAGAAAGAUGCAAAAAGGAGGCAAGCGACUGGGAGAGAUGUAGAAAAAAGAAGACACACCAACGAAGCCGCUGAGAUGAAGUCUGGACAAAGGGAGAGGGAGGGAGAAAAAAGAAUCUGGGGCGGAGCUGAACAGGGAGAAAGUUCUGAAGAAAAAAUUGAGUUCCAAGGAAGCAAGCUGUGGCUGGGGUGAGAAGUGAAGAGGGUCUUAGCUGCCCACUCCACACCCCUAGAACCAUUUUGACGAUGCGUCUCUGGCUCUGGGGGUCCAAGAGCCUCUGGGUUGCUUUGAUAGUCUUCAUGACCAUUGGAUUAGCACUCCAGAUUUGGCAAUGGCCUUUCCAGAUGAGGCCUCCUGGGCUAUAUUUUCAACAACUGUGGGCCUCUACCUCUGGCUCUUUGGUCUCCUCCUGUAAUCCUCAGAAGCACAUUGUAUUCCUGAAGACUCAUAAAUCUGGGAGCAGUUCUGUACUAAGCCUUCUCCAUCAGUAUGGGGAUCGACAUAGCCUACAGUUUGCUCUCCCUAUCCGAUACCAGUUUGGAUACCCAAAGUUCUUCCAAGCUACUUCAGUCAAAGGUUACCUCCCCCAUGGUGGGGGACCCCAGCCUACUUUCCACAUCCUUUGUCACCACAUGAGGUUCAACCUACCAGAGGUACUCCGGGUUAUGCCCCCUGAUAGUUUCUUCUUCUCCAUUGUCCGAGAUCCUGCAGCACUGGCAAUUUCUGCCUUCUCCUACUACAAAUCUGUAUCAUCUGCUUUCCGUGCAGCACCAUCUUUGGCAGCUUUCCUAGCUUCGCCACGAGCAUUCUACCGGCCAGGGGGCCGUGGGGACCACUAUGCCCGGAACUUACUCUGGUUUGAUUUUGGCCUUCCUCUCCCCCAGGAAAUAAGGGCAUUGAAGAGGUAUCCUAAACCCUUCAAAAAAACCCAGUCCUCAGAUAUACAUAUUUGGCCAUCUAACUCUGCAUCCCAGCCCUCAAAACUUGAUCCCAACUCCCUCUUCAAACUUCCUCAUCCUACAUCCCACAUCCAAUUAGCUGACCACUCCUUGUCCCUCAGUCCUGCUUCUAUACCAGAUUCACUAUCUUCAUCCUUCAUCCAAUGGGCUCUAGCCUGGCUAGACUCAAUCUUUGACCUGGUCUUGGUGGCAGAAUACUUUGAUGAGUCACUGGUGCUUCUGGCAGAUGCCCUGUGCUGGGGCCUGGAUGAUGUCGUAGGCUUUGUACAUAAUGCCCAGGCAACUAGUAUGAAGAGUGUCAAAGGUCAUAAAGGAAUCAAAGAUCAUGGUGGAAUCAUGGAUAAACAAUUAGCUAAUAGGGCUAGAGCUUGGAAUAACCUAGACUGGGCUCUCUAUGUCCACUUCAAUCACAGCCUAUGGAACCGUGCAGACCGUUAUGGGAGGGUGAGGCUUGCUUCAGCAGUAGCCAAACUUCGAGCCCGAAGGUCAGCAUUGGCUUCUCACUGCCUUUUGGGGGGAGGAGCUGUGGAUCCUGGUCAAAUAGCUAACCUCCAGCUUCGUCCUUUCCAGUUUGGGGCCCGAGGGGUUCAGGGAUAUGUACUGAAAAAGGGGCUGAGCCCCCAAGACCAUGAAGAGUGUGAGCGCCUUGCUACUCCAGAGUUGCAAUAUAAAGACAAGCUAGAUGCCAAGCAGUUCCCCAAAGCUGCUUGGUCACCCUCCUACCCUUCUAAUGCCAUAAACCCAUGCCCCAAGGGCAACUGAGAUUAGAAAGGAGACAAAGAAUCAAAUAAUAAAAGUAUUGGGUUGCCAAAGAGGACAAGGAACAGGACAAUUUGCUGCUGUAAAUCCUGCAGUUCCUUGAGAGCAGAUAUCAAACAGGGCCACACUGCCUCCAAGGCGCCAACUCUUCCCCAUUCCCCUUAAACUCCCAAGUAUCUAUUCCUUAUCAAUCACUUCUUGCAUCUUUUUCAAGCCUUAUGGUAAGUUCCAUGUAACAACUCUCAACUCCCUAGAAGGGUCAAAAGGUUAAAAGUGGUGAAAUAAAAAACUCGGAAAUUUACCUUUAAUGCUUAAGUGCUGAUUCAUGCUGAAAUUUUGAAGAUG